AUGGCAUCUCAACAACAAAACCGCAAGGAACUCGAUGAAAAGGCAAAGCAAGGAGAGACAGUUGUUCCAGGUGGCACUGGAGGCAAGAGCCUUGAAGCUCAGGAGCAUCUUGCUGAAGGGAGGAGCAGGGGAGGACAGACAAGGAAGGAGCAGAUUGGGACAGAAGGGUAUCAGGAAAUGGGACGUAAAGGUGGGUUGAGCACUAUGGAUAAGUCAGGAGGAGAACGUGCUGAAGAGGAAGGUGCUGAAGAGGAAGGUGUUGACAUUGAUGAGUCCAAGUACAAGACUGGUGGUAAGAAUCAGAACAAGUGA